AGUUCAUAACAGACAGCUGCUACAAAGGUAAGGGGAAAAAAAAAAACAACCUACCUCUCUCUCUCUCUCUCUCACUUCCUCUCUCUAACACUUCGGUCCGAAACCAGAAACACGAGGAGUUUGAUGCAUUAAGGAGACAGAAAAUGGACUCCAACGAGAGAUUGACGGCCUUGAAGAAGGCAUAUGCCGAUAUAAUCCUGAACACGGCGAAGGAGGCGGCGGCUCGGAUUAUGGUUUCGGAGCGAAAAGCUCUCCGGUUUCAGCACGAGCUCCAUGUGGCGAAAGAGGAGGCGCUUCAGAUGCUCCUUCGCCUCAAGCAGAUGAUGGAGUCUAAGAUUACUGAAGCAGAGAUGAAGUCUUCGAGUCAACAGAGAAAAAUUGAAGAGCUCGAAGCACAACUUCAGGAAGCUGAGGAUAUAGUAAGAGACCUCAGAGAAGAGUUGAGAGAAGUGCAGGCAGAGCUGGAGACGACAAAUGACAAACUGCAGCAUUUGAAUGAACUUGGCACAACUCAUCGGGAAGGAACAUCAGAUGAGAAAAGGCCAUAUAAUUCUCAGUUUACAGUAUUCUCUCCGCCAGAAUUACAGUACGACUCUAUCGCAGUUUCUGAAAUGGAAAAUUUUACUUUGAAUCAGAGAAAUGAGGGCCACAAGUGCUGUAGUGCAAAUGGUUCUUGUAUGGGGAAUUCCUAUGUUGCUCACCAUGAUCUACCAUCUAUAAUACUGAGAAGAAAAGAGCAUGAGCUGUACAGAAAUGGUUGCACCCAGAGAAUUCGUGCAUUUGAAAGGAACAUGUUGGAUGGAGAAUCAUAUAUUUCAAGAGAAAUAGAUGAUGUAAAGAAUGUCACAGGUGUCAGAGAAGAUGAAGAAGGUGAAGGGAUCUGUACGGCACUCACUCAUAAAGCUGACAAUAUAUGUAGUAUAGAGAAGAAGUUAGUGGAUGCAGAUAACAACUGGUACAGAGUUCAGGAUGUUAAAUCUUUCCCUAGAAAAAGGAAGAGAGCUACUAGAUAUAAGACAAAUAGAACCCCAUCUUGCAGAUAUCUUCCUGAUCAGGUCCUGGAGAGAGAUGAAACAUCUGAUAUAUCUUACUCCAAAACUAAUUCAAGUUCAAUCAAUAACAAAGCUCAAUCUGGCAAGGGUCAGAUGACUCAGAUGCCCCCAAGAUUAUUGUCAGGAGCAACUGAAGCAAGCAUGCAGUCAAGAUGUGCUGAUGUUACUGAAAAUGAAGUGGAGUUUGUUAAAGCUUGUACUGCUCAAAACAGAAUCGACAAGGAUAAGGUUUUAAUAGAUAAACUGGUGGUGACGAGACAGGAAAGUGGAUCUUUAGAGAGUUCAGGGAUUCCAGUUUGUAGAGUAGCCAUCGAGAAAGUUGAUGUACCAUUGGUACAAUCAGAGUCAAAACCAUCUGAAACUACUAAUAUGAUUUCUAGUCAGCCAGUUCCUGAUAGGAUUAUCAAGUACACCUUCCAAAGGCGAAAGAAAGAGUCUGUCAGCUCUGAUGGGAAUGCCUCUCUUGAAAAAGGCACUCUGAUGGGAGAGACUGAAGAGAAACAAAAUGGUUCUCUGGGGCCAAAGAAGUCUAGCUCAGUAACUGAAUCAUCUCGAGAUAGUCGACGACUAGCCCAGGUUGCUCGUCAGCUUAUAUCUAUGUCUGAGAAAAAAUGGUGGCAAUGAAUCUGGUUGUACUAUGCCUGCCUUUAAACGGUAAGUGUGUUGAACUUGAGGGGAAAGCAAACGUAACAGUUCUUCAGCAACGUAGCUUUGAAGAUGGUGUAUUGUCCAAGAAUCCCGGCGAACAGGCAACUGCUUUAUCAAGAGAAUGUUGUAGAUCCUCCAGAUAUUAACUUACAGGCAUCACAUCCAAUAAAUUAUCACCUUUAUUGUAUUUCUCUAGUAUCUCUCUCUCUCUCUCUCAUAUUACCAUAUGUUUAUAGCGACACUUCACUGUUCUCUAGUGAAGGUGUUCAUCUUGAGGUAGCUUUAUUAAAGUGGCAAGUUUAUUUUGAAUC